GCAGCGGCCGUUCGAUGCACUAACUUUGGGAUUGGUAUAAAAACCGGCGACGUCAGUGAAUAUCUGAACUUUAAUUCAAUCCUGUGUCGUGUCAGGUUCUCUGGUCCUCUCGUCUACACCCAUUUUGAAAAAGUCCAAGAUGCCGAUUGACCUGUACUACAUGGAGGCCAGCGCCCCGUGCCGUUCUGUCAUGAUGACAGCCAAAAUGGUGGGUGCUGAGCUUAACUUGAAGAAAACCGACCUGAUGGCUGGUGACAACAUGAAACCCGAAUACAUUAAAAUGAAUCCCCAACACAACAUUCCCACUAUCGACGACAAUGGCUUCUAUUUGAACGAAAGCAGAGCUAUUUGUGCUUAUCUAGUCAAUGCGUAUGGCAAAGAUGACACACUCUACCCAAAAGAACCCAAAGUUCGUGCCCUAGUCGAUCAACGUCUUUACUUCGAUAUGGGAGUCUUUUACCAUCGUUUCGGUCUAGUCUAUUAUCCAGUGAUGUUCAGCGGGGCCACGAAGCUGGACGAGAAGGCUCUGAAGGACUUCGGCGAUGCUCUUGAUUUUCUCGAGGUUUUCUUGGGCCAGAACAAGUAUGCUGCUGGCGAUCACUUGACAAUUGCAGACAUUGCCCUGCUUGCUUCGGCUUCAACUUUUGUGGCUACCAACAAAACUGUUUUCGACAAACAUCCUAAAAUCCAGGCCUGGUUGGAAACGUGCAAGUCUGAGAUCACCGACUACGAAGAGACCAACAACCAAGGAGCUGAAGCUUUCGGACAAUGGGCGCAAUCCGCACUUGCCAAGUUGGAAUCUGAAUAAAUUUUCACACCAAUUAUUACAUUACAGUGUUGCACAUGAAAAUGUUAAUUCUUCAAAAAACAAUUUAUAAUAUAAAAAAUUACUAUUCAA